ACGUUAAAUAAGAUUCUUUUUUGUACAUAAGAUUGUGCAGAACUGCUAAAUAAAUUCUUACUGAGGCGAUAUGAUGAAACAAGACAGAACCUUUAAUGAGAAGUCUUAGCUUAAGCAUGGAGCGUGGUAAAUUCUUCAUCUCCUUUGCAGGUUUCCCAAUUUGGCUCGGGCCCUCUGCAAACAUACCUACCUCAUGGGGAUAUUGAUCUGACUGUCAUUGCCUAUCAAAAUAAUGAUGAACAUAUGGCAAAAAAUGUUUUUGAUUUGCUUAAAAGAGAAGAACUAAAAGCUGCUGAUUUUCUGGUUGAGGAUGUCCGCUAUAUUCCUGCUCAGACAUCAAUGUAUUACCUGUUUGAGAAUAAUCAAAGGAGCAGUUGUAAGUUGCUUUCCAGCACACCUUGAGGAACAAUUUCAUGCCAGGCUGAGCAAGUUUAAGGUGAAGCUUGUGAAGUGCUUCGUGCAGCAUAUUGCUGUAGACAUCUCUUUUAAUCAAGUUGCAGGACUCUGUUCUUUGACCUUCCUUGAACAGGUCAAUUAUUACAUUGGGAGAGGCAAUCUUUUUAAGCACAGUAUUAUCUUGAUCAAAGCCUGGUGCUACUACGAGAGUAGGAUUCUUGGCGCUCAGUCCGGGUUGAUCUCAACUUAUGCAUUAGAGAUACUGGUCUUGCAUAUAAUAAAUCGGUUUAACUUAUCUCUAGAUGGCCCUUUGACGGUCUUGUAUAAGUUCUUGGACUACUAUCACACAUUUGACUGGGAAAACUAUGGCAUUAGUAUAUAUGGUCCAGUUGCGAUUAAGUGCCUGCAAAAUAUUGUUGAGACACCGGUAAAUCAUGGGAAUGAGAUGUUUGCCCUCAGUAAGGAACUUCUUGAUCGCUGCGUGGAAUGUUCAAAGGUUCAAAUGAGGGUAGGCGAGUGUAAAGGAGAACCCUUCUUACUAAAGUAUCUUAACAUAGUGGAUCCUCUGAAACAGUGUAAUAACCUUGGGCGUAGUGUUAGCAAAGGCAACUUCUGUCGUAUACGAUGUGCUUUGUCCCAUGGUAUUCAGACUUUAAGAGAGAUCCUGUCCCUACCGGAAGAAAAAGUGUGUGGUGGACUAAAGAAGUUCUUUGUCAAUGCCCCUGAACUCAAUUCCGGUGAACGAAGACCAGAUGUUGAUGCACGUGCCAUGUUAAAUUGUGCUAGAAGAUCUGAAGUCUUCAGUUUGAAUGGGGAUUACAACAGCCAUCUCAACAAUCAAUGUUAUCAGAAGUUUGGUUCAAAUGUUCCUUUUCAAUUGAGCUCUCAAAUAUCACCUCCUCAGUUCCAGGGCAAUACCCUAAAGACGUAUAACGGAAGUUUCUAUUACCCAGGAACAAGCAGCUGUAUCCCAACCUCCUGCUAUCCAAGUAGCCCCCAAUUAUUUGGUUCUGCUUUCAGUGCAAAUGUAGCAUCGACUUUUCGAGGAAUGGAGUUAUAUAAUCCUCUUGGGAGCAAUGGCAAGGCCUUGAGGCGAAGCGGAAGAGGUACAUCUGUUUCCAGUUUAAAUGGUGAGUUGGAAUUGCAAGCGUUGUGCCCCCCUGAAUUUGUAAAUGAGGAAAAAUAUCUAAAAGUUUGUAGAGAUUUCCAUGACAUGCAUAUAAACAAGGAGAUGAAUGUGCAAAGUGGUACCCGUGGAAGUGAGAUAGAUUGUACGAAAAGGGUGGAACUGCAAGGAGCAGCUAUUCACCAUUUAGAAUUGGGAGACACUGGCAAUUGCAUCAUUGAAACUGAUCUGAAAGAGAAGUCCCAGGAAACCUCUGGGAACCCAAAUCUGUAUCUCCAAUUCAAAUGUUGACGAACAUGCAGCUGCACAGGAAACAAAUAAAGGCUCUGAUGAAAAAUCCUCAGACAGGUAUGUCUAUUUACCACAGAAGAGAACAAAAGGGGAGCGCAAGUCUAAAGGCACAUUACUUAAAUCUAACCUGAAUACUGGAUGACUUGAAGAGAAGCUAAACUGAUUAAUCAAUACAAUGCUGGUAUUGGUGGAGUAAUCCGAGAUCAUAAUGGCCACUGGGUCAUAGGUUUUGCCAAGAAACUGCCAGUAGCCUCUUGCCAUUAUUGAGCUUCAUGCGUUACUAUGAUUGUUGCUUCCAUGUUCAUUCAAGGGAGGGUAGAAACUGAAAGAGACUCCCAAGAGGUACUUCAAAUGGUAAAUAACACUGCUGAAGCUAACUCCCACGUUUUUACAUGACUGCAGGUACUUCAUCCUGAAGCUGCAUAAUCCAAUAAUCAACCAUUUCUACAGGGAACAAAAUCUUUUGGCCGAUAGACUCGCGAAGAUCCAAGUUGAGCAACAUUUUGCAAGUCACCUGCUGCUAUUUGAUAGCCCUCCAGCGGGUGUAAUGGAUAUAUAUCAUCAUGAUCUACAAGGAAGGACUUCAAGCCGAUGAGUCUCUAAACAAUCUUUGUAAGAACAGACCCUACAAUGGGACUAUUUACUGAUAUCUCAACAUCACAAAUUUUUGCAACCAUUUGGGUUGUAAUAGUUCAUAUAGACAGACUACUACUACUUUGAGUCCCAUCCCCACACUGUGAUGUAAAUAUAGGGAUGCAGACUUCUACCUGUUUGUAAGUUUGUUGGUUAGUUUUAAUAUAAGUACGUUUUAUGACAAAAAUAAUUAAAAAAAAAUUACAAACAGUUAUAUUGUC